GGGGGAAAGAAGAGCUGGUCAUGGAGAUAGAGCAACUGAAAGAGCAACAUGAGACUCUGAGAAGUGUCCUGAAGGAGCAACAGCAAGAGAUUGAUCGCCUCAAGUCUCUGACCACUAUUCCUGAGAAAUAUGAACGAGCAUUGAUCAAGAUCCAACAGCUGAAGAAGGAGCAAGAGGAUUUGAAAGGAAAGGUUGAGCUCCAAAGUGUGGAGAUUGCACAGCUGACCCCAAGGCUCAAAUCUGAGCAGGAGACCCGCAGACUGAAGGAUUACAUUCAGCUUCUACAGGAGGCUCGGACACAGUUGCACCAGGAGCAGCAGGCUUGCAACAAUACCCCCAGACGUGCAGAGAAAGUCGAGAGGGAACUGGAGGAGGUCUAUGAGCGCAUGGAGAGCACUUCCAUGACGUCUGCUCAGACCAAGCAGAAGAGCAGCAAACUAGAGAUGCAACUUUUAGAGUUACGCAGAAUCAUUGAGGAGAAAGAAAACAUAGCAGAGAUGGCUAAAGUAGAAAAUGAGGAGUUAUCCAGAGAAAAUCAGAUUGAGAGACUUCGCAAGGAGUUCACUGACCUCCAGGCUGCUCCAGUGUCCUUGGAGCAUCCCAGCCCUUAUGGCUCUCCAACUGACCCCACCCCCACUGAGGAGCAGCAGCUAGAUGUACUAUCUGCCUGUCUACCCUCUGGGAACCACUAUGAGACCCCAGAAACUGCUCCAAACUCCGAGGAGGAAGAGUUGUGCUUGCAGUGUCGUCACUGCCAUGAGUGGUUCCCUGGCAUCACCCAGGAUGAGCUGGAGCUGCACGAGGACAGCCACAGAUUGUGCCCCUACUGCAACCUCAUCUGUGACGGAGUGGAGCAUGCUAUAUUUGAAGACCACGUCUUCAGCCAUGAGGAGUUCACUGACCUCCAAGCUGCUCCGGUGUCCUUGGAGCAUCCCAGCCCUUAUGGCUCUCCAACUGGCCCAACCCCCACUGAGGAGCAGCAGCUAGAUGUACUAUCUGCCUGUCUACCCUCUGGGAACCACUAUGAGACCCCAGAAACUGCUCCAAACUCCGAGGAGGAAGAGUUGUCCUUGGAGUGUCGUCACUGCCAUGAGUGGUUCCCUGGCAUCACCCAGGAUGAGCUGGAGCUGCACGAGGACAGCCACAGAUUGUGCCCCUACUGCAACCUCAUCUGUGACGGAGUGGAGCAUGCUAUAUUUGAAGACCACGUCUUCAGCCAUGAGGUGUAGAAAUGCCACAUCCUCACAACCCAUCAUACAGAGAGUUGCUGAGAGUAGACUAAAGAUGAUACUCUAGGGAUGAUGUUUUUAACAACCCAUCAUACAGAGAGUUGCUGAGAGUAGACUAUAGAUGAUACUCUACGGAUGAUGUUUCUAACAACCCAUCAUACAGAGAGUUGCUGAGAGUAGACUAUAGAUGAUACUCUACGGAUGAUGUUUCUAACAACCCAUCAUACAGAGAGUUGCUGAGAGUAGACUAAAGAUGAUAGUCUACGGAUGAUGUUUCUAACAACCCAUCAUACAGAGAGUUGCUGAGAGUAGACUAAAGAUGAUACUCUACGGAUGAUGUUUCUAACAACCCAUCAUACAGAGAGUUGCUGAGAGUAGACUAAAGAUGAUAGUCUACGGAUGAUGUUUCUAACAACCCAUCAUACAGAGAGUUGCUGAGAGUAGACUAAAGAUGAUACUCUACGGAUGAUGUUUCUAACAACCCAUCAUACAGAGAGUUGCUGAGAGUAGACUAAAGAUGAUACUCUACGGAUGAUGUUUCUAACAACCCAUCAUACAGAGAGUUGCUGAGAGUAGACUAUAGAUGAUACUCUACGGAUGAUGUUCCUAACAACCCAUCAUACAGAGAGUUGCUGAGAGUAGACUAUAGAUGAUACUCUACGGAUGAUGUUCCUAACAACCCAUCAUACAGAGAGUUGCUGAGAGUAGACUAAAGAUGAUAGUCUACGGAUGAUGUUUCUAACAACCCAUCAUACAGAGAGUUGCUGAGAGUAGACUAAAGAUGAUAGUCUACGGAUGAUGUUUCUAACAACCCGUCAUACAGAGAGUUGCUGAGAGUAGACUAAAGAUGAUAGUCUACGGAUGAUGUUUCUAACAACCCAUCAUACAGAGAGUUGCUGAGAGUAGACUAUAGAUGAUACUCUACGGAUGAUGUUCCUAACAACCCAUCAUACAGAGAGUUGCUGAGAGUAGACUAAAGAUGAUAGUCUACGGAUGAUGUUUCUAACAACCCAUCAUACAGAGAGUUGCUGAGAGUAGACUAAAGAUGAUAGUCUACGGAUGAUGUUUCUAACAACCCGUCAUACAGAGAGUUGCUGAGAGUAGACUAAAGAUGAUAGUCUACGGAUGAUGUUUCUAACAACCCAUCAUACAGAGAGUUGCUGAGAGUAGACUAUAGAUGAUACUCUACGGAUGAUGUUCCUAACAACCCAUCUAGAACAUUAUAAAACAAACAUUUAUAUCCCCCUGUUCAUAAAUGUCCUCGUCUAAGACUGUCCAUUCUUAAUUUCAGUCUUAGUAGAGAUUUGCCUCCAUUGCUGGUCAAUAGGAAUGUAUUGCUUUGCUAUUUAAUGGUUUCUCUAUUGUUAUAAACUACGUUUACUUUGGCUUAUUGCACUAUACUGACUCUCUCCCCUUAAACCUGCUGCUAAUAUGUGUUGCAUAUUAGAGUCAAAUGAUUCAUGCCCAAAUGAUUAAUGCCCAAAUGAUUAACGGUCAAAUGAUUGAAAGUUGAAAUGGGAUUAAUGUGGGAAGAAUUUUUUUAAUUUUUAUAUUCACAGUUGUCUUGACAUGAAAUAAACAUUGUUUUGUAUCAUGAACUACAAUAUUCAAAGAAUGACUAUGCUAUUUAAAUAGAAGGUUGUUGAAUAUAAUGAAUAAUACAACAACAAAAGAUCCAUAAAUGACAACUGCCUGUCACGCCCUGGCCUUAUUAUUCUUUGUUUUCUUUAUUAUUUUAGUUAGGUCAGGGUGUGACAUGGGGAAUGUUUAUGUUUUGUUAGUUUUGGGUGUUUAUAUGGUAAAGGGGUUAUGGGGUGUAGUAGAUGGUUUUGUGUUGAGUGUAUAUGUCUAGAGUUGUCUAUGUAGAACGUUUGUAGCCUGUAUGUAUGUGCACAACG